AUGCACUUUGUAGCUCAGACCCAUGUUGAUAAUUCUUUUGGUAACAGUUUUGAGUUCACCAAGAACAACAUAUACGGCACCCAUGUUCUACUAGAGGCCUGCAAAGUUACUGGACAAAUCAAAAGAUUUAUUCACGUAAGCACGGAUGAGGUCUAUGGAGAGACCGACGAGGAUGCAGUUGUAGGAAAUCAUGAGGCAUCGCAACUUUUGCCGACAAACCCAUAUUCAACCACAAAAGCUAGGGUAGAAAUGCUUGUUAUGGCUUAUGGUAGAUCAUAUGGAUUGCCUGUGAUAACCACUCGAGGAAACAAUGUUUAUGGACCAAAUCAGUUUCCCGAAAAGUUAAUUCCCAAGUUCAUCCUUUUAGCCAUGAGAGGGCAGCCUCUUCCUAUUCAUGGGGAUGGUUCUAAUGUGCGAAGUUAUCUCUAUUGUGAGGAUGUUGCUGAGGUAUUUGAAUGCAUUCUUCACAAGGGAGAAGUUGGUCAUGUUUACAACAUUGGAACGACGAAGGAAAGAAGAGUGAUUGAUGUCGUCAAAGAUAUAUGCAAUUUAUUUAACAUGUAUCUAGACAAAAGCAUUCAGUUUGUGGAUAACAGGCCAUUCAAUGAUCAGAGAUACUUCCUUGAUGAUCAGAAGCUGAAGAAUUUGGGUUGGAUUGAGAGGACUACAUGGAAUGAAGGUAUAAGAAAGACCAUGGAGUGGUAUACCAGCAAUCCUGGUUGGUGGGGUGAUGUAUCUGGAGCACUGGUUCCUCAUCCUAGAAUGCUCAUGAUGCCCUGUGGAAUUGAAAGACUUGAUGAAGCUUACAAGGACGAGUCUAAAAAGUCUGAAUUAUUGAGCAACUCUAACCAGAGCCACAUGGUGGUUCCUGCCUCCAAAAACAAUACAUCUCAAAAACCAUCGUUCAAAUUCUUGAUCUGUGGUACGACUGGGUGGAUUGGCGAUUUGCUUGGAAAAUUAUGUGAGAAACAGGGGAUUCCAUACGAGUAUGGAAAGGGACGCUUGCAGGAUCGCUCACAGCUGUUGGCGGACAUCCUCAGUGUUAUGCCAACUCAUGUACAAGUGUGA